UGAUAAGUUUCGAAAUUACUUUUUCAAUUUUUUUUAGUAUUUUCUUUUCUUUUAUAUGGUUUUGCUAUUAUUGUUAAUAGCUAUACAAUGUCUUGUCACGUUUAAUGUAUGGAAUAUAUUAAAGAAAUUUAUAACUAAAAGUAAAGAAAAUGGAUGAUGAAUUUGAAGAGCCAGAAAUCAAGACUAGGAGAUUACCGAAAGUGGCCAAGGUCAAGAAUAAAGCGCCUGCUCCAGUUCAAAUCACAGCUGAGCAACUUUUACGAGAAGCAAAGGAAAGACAGCUUGAAUUUGUUCCGCCGCCUCCGAAGCAAAAAAUCUCUGACCCUCAGGAGCUACAAGAAUAUAGACUAAGAAAGAGAAAGUUUUUUGAAGAUAAUAUCCGUAAAAACAGAAGUACAGUUUCAAAUUGGUUGAAGUAUGCAGCUUGGGAGGAAAGCCAGAAAGAAAUUCAACGGGCAAGGUCUAUUUACGAAAGGGCGUUGGAAAUGAAUCAUCGCAAUGUAACGAUAUGGUUAAAGUAUGCCGAAAUGGAAAUGAAGCUUCGACAAAUCAAUCAUGCAAGAAAUAUCUGGGACCGGGCGGUUACUAUUCUGCCUCGUGUUAAUCAAUUUUGGUACAAAUACACUUAUAUGGAAGAGAUGUUAGGAAACAUUCCCGCAGCUCGACAAGUAUUCGAACGUUGGAUGGAAUGGGAACCCGAAGAGCAAGCCUGGUUAUCUUAUAUCAAAAUGGAACUGCGUUACAAAGAAGUUGAUCGAGCAAGAGCAGUGUACGAACAUUUCGUUAUGUGUCAUCACAAUGUGAAGAAUUGGAUUCGAUUUGCACGGUUUGAAGAAAGCCAGGGAAAUGUUGCGAAUGCAAGGAUCGUGUACGAGAGAGCUGUAGAGUUCUAUGGAGAAGACAAUAUGGAUGAAAACUUAUUUAUUGCAUUUGCGAGAUUCGAAGAAACACAGCGAGAGUUCGAUCGGGUGCGAGUGUUAUACAAAUACGCGUUGGAGAAAAUACCGAAACAGUACGCCCAGGAGUUAUUUAAAAAUUAUACCACAUUUGAGAAGCGUUUUGGUGAUCGCAGUGGUAUUGAAGAUGUUAUAGUUAGUAAAAGAAGAUUUCAAUACGAAGAAGAGGUCAAGCUGAAUCCUAACAACUAUGAUGCUUGGUUUGAUUACAUUCGACUCGUAGAAAGCGAUGGAGAUAUCGACACAAUACGUGAAGUUUAUGAAAGAGCAAUAGCUAACAUUCCUCCUGUCCAGGAAAAGAAACACUGGAGAAGAUAUAUUUAUUUAUGGAUAAUGUAUGCUCUUUUUGAAGAACUUCAUGCUAAGGACGAGGACAGAACCAGACAAGUGUACAAAGCUUGUUUAGAAGUCAUUCCUCACAAGAAGUUCACAUUUGCAAAGAUUUGGUUGUUUUAUGCUCAAUUUGAAAUCAGGAGGAAGAAUUUAAAAGCUGCUAGGAUUGCCAUGGGAACUGGCAUCGGGAAGUGCCCAAAAAAUAAAUUAUUUCGUGAAUACAUCAGCAUCGAGUUACAAUUAAGAGAAUUUGACCGAUGUCGCAAACUGUACGAAAAAUUUUUAGAAUUUAAUCCAUCUAAUUGCACAACAUGGAUAAAAUAUUCAGAAAUGGAGACAAUAUUAGGAGAUAUAGAUCGUGCUCGUGGUAUCUACGAACUCGCAAUAUCCCAACCUCUCCUUGAUAUGCCUGAGGUUUUGUGGAAAGCGUAUAUAGAUUUUGAAAUUGGGUUGGAAGAAUACGACAGAACACGACAGCUUUACGACAGGUUACUCCAACGGACACAGCACGUGAAAGUCUGGAUAAGUUAUGCAGAAUUUGAGACGACCACUGAAGAAGAGGCUUCGAUUGAUAAAGCGAGGGUUAUAUUUAAAAGAGGUGAUAAAACAUUAAAAGGAGAAGAUAGCAAGGAAGAACGUAUGCUGUUGCUGGAGGCGUGGAAAAAAUUCGAAUAUAAACACGGAGAUACCGCAUCGCAAAUGGCUGUUGAUAAAAUGAUGCCACGCAAAGUGAAAAAGAGAAGGAAAGUUCAGACGGAAGAUAUGUCUGAUGCUGGUUGGGAAGAAUAUUUUGAUUACAUCUUCCCUGACGACGAAGACAAUCAACCUAACUUUAAACUGCUGCAGAUGGCUAAAAUGUGGAAACAGACCACCGCUGAUUCAUCUGACAGUGAUAGUGAUGAAAGCGAAAGUGAAACUGUUGUUGACAGUUCUAAGAAACAGAAGGAAAAAAGCGAAACUGAAAGUGAAAGCAGUGAUAGCGAGGAAGACAAUGAGAAGGAGGAAGAAGAGAAACAGGAUUUACCCUUUCCGUUACCAUUGAAAGACAUUGACAAAGAUGAGGAGUUUAGUGAUGAAACUAGUAGUGAGGAGGAGGAGAAAUAGGGUGACGUAAUGCAAAAAUCUCAAAAAAAAACAGAUUUUGUGACAAGCUGAGAAACACCAGAAUUAAAAACCCUACUGAAGCAUACUUCCAAACAUGCUGGAUAAGGAAAGAAGUAUUGUUGAAGCCAGGAGAAAAUAAAGCUUCAAUAUUUUGCAAUUUUUGUAGCGCUGCGAUGUUUGUUUGGUAUUGUUUUUAUGAAGAAAAAACAUAUCGGCUA